AUGUCGCAAAAACCCCGAAAGCUCCAACGCGUCUCUAAAGCCUGCGACUUCUGCAACAGACGCAGCAUCAAGUGCGGCAGAAGUGAAGACCCGCUAGGCAGAUGUCAGAAUUGUGCCGAUUUUGAUGUUCCGUGCACCUUUGAUCGCCCCGCAAAGCGCCGGGGUGUCAAGGCUGGCACCAGGGCUUCCAUGCGCGAGACCCCGUUGGUAGGAACGCCUGCCCCCGAGCACGUCCCCCCUGUACCGCCUUCUGCGCAGGCUACAGGGAGGAUGUCAAAUUCCUCUGCGUCUAGGAGCUCGUACUACACCGAGUCAGGCCACCGCCCGUCAUUGACUGGGGAUCCAUGGUCUACCUUCAAUACUGGCGGCGUGGCAACGGAAGGGUAUGAUGACGACGGCGCAUUGCGGAACUCGUGGAAUGCAUUUGCCAUUGCCAGUGAUCGUCAAAUCCGAAAUCUUGUGCAAGUAUACUUCGAGAUUGUGUAUCCAAUCUUCCCGCUUUUCCACAAGCAAUCUUUCAUUGAGAGAGUUCAUAACCAAGAGCAUCUCCGAAAUCCGGGGUUGUUUGCCUCAACAAUGGCAGUUUGCGCCUUGGUUUCUGGGCGCGCGCGAGACGGCGCGCUGUUCACGAAUAGGUGGCAUCGCGAUGAACUUGCCGAACCUCCAUCCGAGGCAUUUUACGCCGCGGCCAAGGAUUCUAUUCCCCGAGACCUCGCAGCGGCAAGAGGUAUUAACUAUAUGCGUGCAUGCGCUAUUCUCGCAAUCGCUAGCAUUCAAAACGGCCAAAUCAAGAAUAUGCAAAAGUUCUCCGGCAUGUACCAUACUCUCACCAGCAUGGAGGGUCUUCAUGAUGAAAAGCUUUGGCCAAAGAACCUGAGUCCCAUCGAAACCGAGGAGAGGCGAAGACUAUUCUGGUCUAUCUAUACAUUAGAUAUCUAUUCCACUAUUGUAUGGGGAGGCGUGAUUCGAUAUCGCGAAGCGCAUUCUCUGGUACGAUAUCCGAGUGAAGUGGACGAUGAGUUUAUUACACCCCACGGCUACGGGCUCCCGCCCGUGUCUCCAGAGUCGGGCGUCAGCCCGGACGAUGUGACCGUCGUAUCACGGCAACCUGUAGCAUGGCUUCGGGGCUGGAACUUUACGACAGAUCUAUAUCGAAUUCUAGAAUACGUCGUUGAUGGCAAUCGCCGUCGUUUCUCGUCAGCCAACGGAACCUCACAGGUGUGGUCUCUGUUCACCCCGGCAUCCAUGUCAGAACCAGCAGUCAUGGAGAGGGUACUAUCGAUGUACGCCGCGCUGCCCCCGCAAUUCAAAGAAACCCCACCCACUACAGGCGACAUGGCGAAGGAUCUGUUCGGGUUCCAGUCUGCCAACAUCCAGGCAACACUACAGCUCCUCCGGAUGGUCCUCUUGUCAGCGGAAGAGCUUGGUGUAGACCGCAAGUGUGACGUGGCUGGAGAACUUCUCAGCGUCUUCAGCAAAGUUCCCGUGGAGUAUUUGAACGCCAUCAGCUCCCCUUUGCUUCAUCAUCUCGGCGGAAUCGGUUAUAUCCUCGGCUCUGUCAUGGAAGGAAGCUUAUCAGAAGCAUCGUACCAACGCGUCCGCACGUUGCUACUCGAAAUGGCCGACCUCCUCGGCCGCCUCGAGACAGGUCUCCAGCGCGCCUCUGGCGCUAGUCAACGACUUCGGUCGCAGGUAGACAGAAUCGACGGCUACAUGCGCACCUCCCGACUACCCAAUCUCACGGCGCCACACCCACCCCCUCAACAUAACACAAUCCCCAUCGAUACUAAACGCGAGAUCCCUAUCCCAGCCACAACAUACAUUCCUCCCACUGGCCCAGCCCCGGCAGUCGGUCCACCGACGGCAAUGGGCGGGCAAAUGAUGCAGUUCCAGCUGCCGCCGGAGCUGUUGUCAGAUUGGCCGUGGCCGUUGGAUGGGGCUCAUUCGGAGGGUUUUCUUCCGCUGGCGUUUGAAUAG